AUGGGUGGUGGAGGCCGGCUGAAUGAAAUAGGAGAGCCAGUGAGGGAUCUGGUUUGGUGCAUGUCGUACUAUCUACGCUGUGACAUUCCCCUGUACAGUCUGUUUGGCUCAGUGUGACUGGAAUGUUGUAAAUGUCUCAGGUUACUGGAGAGUCACUGGUUGGUGUGGGUGAAUCAGAUGAGUCAUCUGCCAAUGGACAUUGACCACCAGAGGCACCAGGACUGGUUACAACAACACCUCCAAGCCACUUGCAAUACUGGGCAGUGUGUCUUCAACGACCGGUCCACAGGACACCUCAGCUUUCAGAUGGAGCAUCACCUUCUGAAGUUCACAUAUACUGCAUUUUUACUCCUCCGUGCCCUCUGUGUGAACUAUGGGAUUCCUUACCAUGUGAAAACUCUGUGUCAAGGCUUCGGGUGGUCCUCAGAUAUGUCCAAGUCACUGACAAACUCAGGAGACCUCUGGGUCGAUGCAUGGCUCCAUAAAUGAGAAGCCCUGUUCCCCACACUGCACCUAAAGGGAAUCCUGUUUUCUCCUCACAUGCAUCAUGAAUUGAUUGUGUCUGUUUGGUUUAAUGAUCCAACGCAGUGUGGGUAUGUUUUAUUUACAUUGGUGUUACAGCUAAGUCUUGGUUUCCCGUUUCAGAUACUGUGCAGGAUUUAUUU